UUUGCAAAGUGCCUAUUGGGAGGGGGAGGUCGUCGCCUUGGUUCGGCGCCAGAAAAGAGGGAAGGGACCCGCCUAAGCCCACCGAGAACUGGUGGCGUUUACGCGUAAAAGGGAGCCGGGGCAAAAAAAGCAUUUCGCGCGCAGCGUAAGGCAGCAGGUGUCGGUUUUAGGAGAGGAAGGGAGAGGUGCAUAAAGCCGCCUCAGAGGUGCGCGUUCGCGGGCGGAGUCGGGAACCCAAUUAAACAGAGCCGGGCAGGAAAAAGGAAAGGCGAGCGGAGGUGAGGAGAAGCUGGAGCCGCCCCGGGGCAGUCGCUCCUCUCCAAGGCGCGCGUGCGCGUGGUCCUCUCCUUUUUCUCCUCCCCUCGCCCGGGGAAAGUUGGUAUCCUGGAGCCGGUUUUCCUCCUCGUGGGGAGAGGGGGGCAAGUCGUCGUCGACCCCGUGUCCCUCAUCCGGUUGGAGGCUGGAGAUAGUGGCCGCCUAGCGCGCGCGCGCCCCGGGGGGCAGCCAGGUGCGCUUCUGCCUCACAGAGGGGCUGAGUCGUCCGCUGGAGUGCGGUCAGGAGCAAAGAAAGCGAGAGAAAGAAGUGGAGAAGGAGGAGGAUGAAGGGACCUGACCGGAGUGGCCUCGCUGCUGAGGUAGACCCCUUGCCCAUCUGCGCCAAACGGCAGCUUCCCCGGAUAGUGGCACGUCUUGUGAAUGAGGGGCGGCUGGAAGCGGAGGGGGCUAGGUGGCCUUAAAAAACCCCAACAGCAACAAAUCUGGUUUUGUCGGAAAGGCCAGAAGUUCAAGAGCUGCAGAGUUUCCCCAGCAUCAUUAUCUGAUUUAUUUCCGCCUGUCGGGAAGCUAUUAGAGGAAAAUGUGCCCGAAGGCAAGGGCUGAUUUCUAACUUGGAUUCUUGACUGCAUUCCAGCUUGUGUUAGAAGCAGUAAUGGCAGCAGAAUGCAUCAAGAACUGUUGCAGUGCAUGUUUGUAUGUUGAGAAAGAAAAGCAUGAUGCUUCUCUGGAGAAGGAGUCUGAAGUUACAGCCAAAUAUAGAUCAAAUGUUGUAGAGAAGCCUCCCUUGUCUUCUGUGUUGGUGAAACCUCAGGUUGGCUGUUCGGAGGAUUAUCUUCUCUCCAAGCUCCCGCCAGGUGGCAAGGAUGUGCCCUUUGUGGUUCCUCAGUUCAAGCUUGCCUACAUUCAGCCCAGGAACCUUGGCAAUCCACACAUUGGAGGAAUUCAAGGUUCUGCUAUAGCACAUUUUGGCGACCGGAAAGCAGAUGUUUUCAACACAUACCAGCAAAGACCUCUUGUUGAUGUGGUGUAUAAUCCAUUCUACAUGUACCAGCAGCCUUCUCUCUCUCCAGAUUCAACUCAGUACUGCCCAGAAAAAUCUAACAAAAGAAAACUAUACGGGUCAGUUUGUGACUUAAGGAGCUCCACAUUGCCAGCCUCGUCUUCUCUAAGUCACUCUAUGUUUGACCUUACAAGUCCACCCCACCGAUUUAUGCAGAGAUACGAUUCAGUCUCCAGUGUUCCAAGCAGCACUUCAUCCAGGAAGGACUCGCACGGUAGUAACAGGAGUCUAGAUACCAUUACGUUAUCAGGUGAUGAGCGAGAAUUUGGCAGGCUCAAUGUGAAGGUGUGCUACGUUCCUCAUGUUGAACAGAUCUGGAUCACAAUCUUGAAAUGCAAAGAUCUGAGCUGGUCAUCUAGCCUUGGAGAAAACCCCCACAUUUCCAUCAAAGGAACUAUUACACUGCCCAAGCCAGUGCAAUUCAGAUGCUCACCAAAGCAAGCUUCCAGUGAAAUUGAAUUCAUGGAAACAUUUGUGUUUGCCAUCAAACUGCAACUUCUGCAGACUGCGAGGCUUGUCUUCAAAGUACAAGCUCAGAUUCCUAGGAAGAAAACUAUCGGGGAAUGUGUUUUGCCGCUGCGAGAGCUCAGCUCGCAAGAAACAGACAACUGGCUGGCAGUAGCGCCUCCUUCCAAAGCUUCAGUGUCCCCUGCAGAAAUGAAAAUAGGCACCUGUUUUCAAGCAGUAAACAGUAGGAUCCAGUUGCAAAUUUUUGAAGCCCAGAACCUCCCAAGCUCUACCACACCACUGUCUUCAAAUUAUUUUGUAAAGGCUGCCAUGCUUAGCACUGAAGGGCUGGUUGAUAAGAAAAAGACCCGGCUACUGAAAUCCACAAAUGGUCGAGUGAAGUGGGGAGAAACUAUGAUUUUCCCAGUGAGCAACAAUGAACAUGGGAUAAACUUCCUCAUCAGACUAUACAGCAGGAGCUCAGUGAGAAGAAAACACCUUCUGGGACAGGUCUGGCUAAGCAGUGACAGCAACAGUCCUGAAGCUUCUGCUCAGUGGAGAGACACGAUUGCCAAUCCAGAGAAGGUUGUCGUUAAAUGGCAUAACGUCAAUCCAGCAUGACGCUGGUGUGGGCAGUACUUUGGGAAUUCAUUGGGACUUGAGCCAAGAGGCUUCUGCACUUACUUAAAAUAAACAAUCAUCCACUAAGACAGAAGGAAAAUAAAUACCUGCAUUGACUGGUGUGUAAGGUCACUUCUGGAGAGGAAAGCAAGAGAAGGAGCUGUAGUGCCGAAAAAAAGACACAAAGUGAAGAAUCUUCACGAUAUCCAUGGAAUACAGAGGUCAUCUUGCGAAGUUAAGGGCCCAACUACUGAUCCUUUAGAUAAGGAUUAAAAGAACUUUCGUAUAUUUAUGUUAGCUUUUCUUCUAACUUAAAGAUCUAACUUAAAAAUUACUUUGAAGACAUUUUCCUUUUCUCCAUUGAAACCCCUGCCUCAGUUACUGUUUUCUUUCUAAAACUGUUAUGAGGGCACCGCUUAAUAAUUAUUUCAGACAUCUCUCAGCAGUCAUCCCUUCGUGUUGAGCAAGAGAUCUAAGACAGGCAGCAGGGGGCAGAUUAGUAUUUUACUGUUCAGAAUCUUGGAAUAAACUUUUUAAAGUAAUUUUGAAGAAUGCUUGCUUGUUAUGAGCAUUGGGCUUUAACGUGAGGGAGGGCUGGGCAUUUCAAGACAACUCUUGCUACAUGCAGAGAGGCUUUCAGUGCUUCUUCAAAGUGCCAGGUCAUAGUACUUGCUCCUAUUUGGGGGCCUAAGACUUAACUCACUGUUGUGAGCCAAGAGAUGGAGUAACAGCAAAUGAAAGCCUUUGCUCCUGUGAAGAAUGAAAGUAUUCUAACCUAGGAGGAAGAUUGUGUAUUUAAUAAAUGCUGGCUUGUGGCGCUGCAUUGUGAAAUGGUGAAAUGUUUACUGGCAAAAAUGCUCGUCAAAUGUUCAACCCUUUAAAGUGCUAUCAUAUGUAAUUUUAGCAGGCAGAUGUGAAUAGUUAAUUGUAAUAUGGAUACAAUAAGUUGAAUAUGAAGACACUAUGGCUAGGAUGGAGAACCUUUAGGUCUCUAGAUGUUGUCCCAGCCGGCAUGGCCAAUUAAUACUGGAGCUGUAGCUCACCAACAUCUGGAAGGUAACAGGUCAGCCAUCCCUGAUGUAUGAACAUGCUUAACUGGGUCAGUAGCUAAGGUUUCCAGUUGUAAAUCCUGUACCAUUUAACUUCUUAGAGCACUAUGGUAAAAGACUGCAGAACUGCUGAGAACAAAGGAUGCUGAGAGUGCAUGUCUAGUUUGUUCCUAAGUUGAUGGUUCCCAUCUAGCUCAUAUCAAUCAUGGCUAAACAGUUUAUAAUUUUAUAAGUAUUUAAGUAAUUAAAGCUGAUAAUCUCA